AUGGUGUUGGAAUCUGGUGUUGUUCAUUUUGACAGGAAACCUGUUCUGCUGAGGCCUUGGUCAACUGAUUUAGACAAUAUGAGUCUGGUGAAAUCAGUUCCGGUUUGGAUUAGGUUACCUGAUCUUGGUCUUCAAUAUUGGGGUAUUAAAAGUUUGAGUGCUCUUGUUAGUACCAUUGAUCGUAUACCUCAGUUCAUCAGUUUUAUUAAUGAGCGAGGUCAACUAAUGGAGCAGGUUAUAGAGUUUGAAUGGCUUCCUACUCAUUGUUCGAAUUGUAAAAAUUUUGGUCAUUCUUCUGGUAGUUGCAAGUGUGUUCAGGAGGCAGUUUGGAGGCCAAAGAAGAAGGAAUCUGGUCUGGAGUUAGGGGAAUUUGUGGGUUCCCAUGCUCCUCCUGUACCUGGUUCUGAAUCUUUGGCCAAGGAUCCUCAAGAGCUGGUGGCUGGCGAGGUUGUACAAAAAGGUAAAUUAAAGGAGGCUAGUUGUUCUACAGAUGGGCAGGAGAUGAAGUGGACUACCCCAAAAAAAGUGGGAGGAAAUAAACAAAAUGCUACAGCUUCUCUGAAUUUGAGGACUAACAAAUAUAGUGUCUUGCAGGAGAAUCAUUUGGAGGUCUCAAAGAAGAGUCAACAAGAGGUCAAGGAUUCCAAUGGAAGGGUGCAACAUACUGUGUUCAAUAAAGUUGGCUUAGGUGCUUUUCUAGAAACUAAAUUGCGAGGCAAUAAGAUUGAGGAAAUGAUGCGGAAUGCUUUCAUGGGCUGGGACUGGAUUAGUAGCCCGACUGUGGAGGGUAGGAUUUUGUUAGUUUGGAAGGCUGAUAUUGUGACCCUAAGUUUACUUCAGGAAGAUGACCAAUUCAUUCAUUGCUAUGUGAAGAUUAAGGGUGUUUCGCUGAAGUUUUGCUUGACUCUUAUAGUAGUUGGGGAUUUUAAUGCAGUGUUCGAUUAUGAUGAUCGUAUUGGUGGUAGGCCAGUUACUGAGUUGGAAGUGGAAGAUGGUCGUCAUUGGAGGGCUUGCUCUAUGAUGACAGAUUUGCAGAGGAUCAUUAAGAAAUUAAAGAGGCUUAAACCUAUUUUGCUUCAGUUUAAUAAACUGAAAGUAGGUGAUGCAGCUAGGCAAUUUUCUGAAGCUAAAAUGAAUUAUAAGCAAGCCCAUAUGUCUUUACAACAGAACCCUUUGUUGAUUUCUCUUCAGCAGGCUGAGAAAGAGGCGUUUUUUGAGUUUGGCUGUAAGUCCAGAAUUUAUGAGAGUUUCCUUAGACAAAUGAGCAAAAUUAGUUGGCUUAGAUUUGGAGAUGAGAACACUGCUUAUUUUCAUGCUAGUCUUAAGCAGAGGAAAAUUGGUAAUCAGAUUUCUUCUUUCAUGAAUGAUGAGGGUCAGAUUAUUGAUAAAUAUGCUGAGGUUGUUGAGUAUUUCUUUAACCGUUUCAAAGGCUUUCUAGGCAGAUCUAGUUUAGCUUAUGUUUGGGUUGAGCAAGAGUGUUUUCAACAAGGGGUUGUUUUGACUCUGGAGCAACAACUUGGUAUAAUAAUGCCUUUUACUAAGAAGGAUGUUAAGAGAUCUUUAUUUAGUAUUCACUCAAUCAAGAGUCCUGGUCUAGAUGGAUAUGGUUCGGGUUUCUAUAAAUCUUUAUGGAAGGAUAUAGGGGAUGAAAUUUCAGAGGCGAUACUGAUGUUUUUUUUAUCGUGGGGUGAUUCCUCCUGA